CAUCAUCAUCAACAUGGCCGCCACAGACCAAGUAACCCACGCCAGCACAGUUCGCCCUCGCUCCUACCAGAGCGAGAGCUAUCUGCACGGGUUUCUUGGAACUGUGAGUGACUUACAGAAGGAUGGGGUGCUGCAGGAUGUCGUCCUUGAAGUCGAGGGCCGGCGGUUUCCCUGCCAUCGACUUGUUCUGUCCGCGGCCAGCCCCUACUUCAGGGCCAUGUUUACAAGUGACAUGGCAGAGAGUCGUCAGAGGACGGUUGUUUUGCAGGGUUUGGAUGCAGGCAUGUUUGAGGAGAUCCUGAGUUACAUCUACUCGGGAACCCUCCAUGUGUCCCUGGACAAAGUGCAGCCCCUGUACCAGGCAGCCGACCUCCUCCAACUGGACUAUGUGAGAGACAGCUGCAGCAGCUACAUGGCCAUGAACGUGGAUUGCUCCACCUGUGUGGACCUGUACAAGUUUGCCGAUGUAUUCUCUGUGGACAGAGUUCUGAAAUGCAGUCUGCACUUCAUCUGUAUGCACCUUGCUGAGGUUGCCUCCAGAGAGGAGUUUUGCAGCCUGAGUGUGAAUCAGCUGACUGAGAUCAUCAGCUAAGAUCAGCUGGAUGUUAAAGAGGAGACAACAGUGUGGGAGGCUGUGGCGAGAUGGGUGCAGCACAGCAGGGAGGACAGACUGCACCAUCUACCCAGCAUCCUCCCUCACAUCCGCUUCAACCUGCUGACAUCAGAUGACACGGCAGCCAUCUUGGAUCACCCCCUGGUCAGGGAGAAUCCUGGGAGAUCUGCCAUCAGGAACGUGGUAAAGGAGACUUCCAACAUCAGAAAAAGAGCGGGGAUGGACACGCUGGAAAUGGCCAUGGUUUUCAUGGAAACGACCAACGUAACUUGCCAAGAGAUCCUCUACAUGAAUCCCAGAGCAGGGAAGUACAUCAGGUGCAGUUAUUCUGAGGAGGACCUUCCGUACAUCUCACUAACAACUGCUAUCAGUGGUAACAAUUUUUACAUUGGAACUGAAGAACCAAAGGGUACAGAUCAUUUGGCUGUGUUGGAGUACAGCCAUGCAGGCAAUGUGUGGCAACGUGCUAAUAUGUCCACAUUUCAAAAACCCGACAUGUCACGCAAAUCUGAGAUUGACGAGUUCCUUCUUGAAGUUGAUGAGAUUUUAUAUUACGUUUUUGUUGAAAGGGAAAAUAUCAGUACAUCGGUGUGGAUCAGAAAGUACAACCGGCACACAGACCAGUGGCAGGAGUGUUCACAGCUGAAAAUCAGGAUGCCCAAUUACCUGAGGAACCAUUCUUACCAUACAGUAGUUUCCUGUGGUCCUCACAUCUAUUUCCUCAUGAAACCACAAAUGCAUCGCUACGACCCGAGCCAGGACCGCUGGUGCAAGCUGACCCCACCAAAACUCGAAUUCUGCACAACGGUUGCCAUGGGAACAGAGAUCUUCUGCACAGACAGGGAGUUCAGCAAGACCAUGGUGUACGACACAAAGUCUGACCGCUGGCAGGUACGUCAAGGCUGGCCAAACCCGCGCCCAGUAAAUCUUGAUAAUACCAUACUUCCAUAUUUCUUUGUACUAGAGAACCAGCUGCAUGUAUGGGUUGAAGCCUUUACCAUUUCUUCGUUACAGACAACAAACAAUCUGGUAUAUGUCUACGACAAGUUUACUGAUACCUGGAGAGACUUGGAGGCCACCAUGCCUAGUGGAGAAUAUUUAACUCCUGAUUCGAGCCUUCCUGUGGCAUGUAUGUACCUACCAUGUCUUACCGCCAAGGGCACUGACUUGAGUACAGCAUGCCUCUAGGAAAGGGCUAUCUCUACUGCCACCAACCAGCAGUUGCAGAUACAGAUACACUUUUACUUUGUGCAGUGAAAAAGGAAGUUGUGAACAACAUUGCAAUAUUCCAGUCAGAUAGUUUUAAUAGUAGAGCAGGUAUUGCUAUGGAUAGCUGUAUGCAGAACUGUGUCCAUGAGAAGGAUCCCAAAGUUUAAAGGGUUCUUAUGUUCAUUCCAUGAUAUGUACUUUAUCAAGCAGUAUUAGUCGAAAUCACGAGUACGUGCCAGAUGUCUAUUUGGAAUACAACACAGUGUAUUCAGUACCACCUGAGGUACCAACACAAACAUACUGAGGCAUACACACACACACAAAGACACACACAAACGCACACACAUAACACACACACAUGCACAUAAUGCACACAAUACAUAAUUCACACAUAAACACACAAACACACUCUGUGUAGACUAUAAAAAUCAAACAAGAGUUAUUGCUUUAAUGAUGAUCUUUAUUUGCAUGUUCCUGCCCAUAUGGGCUGAAUGUACUCUCAAAGCAGAGGUUAGGCUCUGGCUGUUCUUCUAACGUUUUUUAGUCGUUUUUAUCGGGCUUUCUA